GGUUUUUACUCCUCGAUGGCAGCUGAAGGGUGGAGGGUUCCAGGUUUUACAGGACUUCAUCAUCAUCAUCAUCAUCUGUCACUCUGGUCCCAGACCAUGAACUACGUGGGUCAGCUGGCAGAGACGGUGUUUGUGACCGUGAAGGAACUGUAUCGCGGUCUGAAUCCGGCCACGCUCACCGGCGGCAUCGACGUCAUUGUGGUUCGCCAGCCUGAUGGCAGCUACCAGUGCUCGCCGUUUCACGUGCGCUUCGGGAAACUCGGAGUCCUGCGGUCCAAAGAGAAAGUGGUGGAUAUUGAGAUCAAUGGAGAGCCUGUGAGCCUGCAUAUGAAGCUGGGAGAUAACGGAGAGGCGUUCUUCGUGGAGGAGAACGAGGAUUUUGAGACGAGGGUUCCCGCUCACCUCUGCACCUCUCCGAUCCCCACCGAUGUCCCAGAAGUGUCUGAGGUGAUCGAGUCUCUCUCCAGCACUGCAUCUUCCUCCAACCGCCGCAAAAAACGCCGCAGAAAGCGGGCGCGUUCAGACACGCAUGUGCAUGAGGAUGCCAGCUCCUCCUCAGACGAGAAAGAAAGUCUAGAUCAGGAUGUCCUCAAGGAGGAGUCGCUUUUGGCAGCAAGUAAGUCUGUGUACUACUCUCUGUCGGAGGAACUCUACGAGGAACCGUCUGGAGCUCAGAACAGAGACGUUCAUCCUCACUCUGAAGGAGAGUGUUCUGUGAAUGAGAGUGUGUUCUUCAGCCGUCCCUCCCCUCCUAAGAGUGAUUCAGAGUUGUGUAAGCCGCAGGAGUCUCUAGGGCCUCAGAUGCAGUGGAACUGGGGCGCUUUUCCCAAGGUGUGUCAGGCGGAGAGGGAUGAAUCUGAUUCGCUGCGAGACCCGCCCAUCAUGCCCUCUGACCACUCCCACUUCCGCACGAUCCAUCGACAAGCAUCCAUUGACAUGGAGAGCACUGACUCUGCAGCGACGGUGACCGUAGUGAGACCCGAACCUCAGAUUGGUACGACCGGCCCUGUUCCAUCAGAUGACACUCGUACAGUUGUUUCUUCUUCAGUUAACACACAACUAGACGUCAAGGUCACCGAAACGCAUGUAGUGACCUUUCAGUCCGCAGACGACUCCUUCCCACAGGCCUGGACUGCACUGGAAAACAAAGAGACCAAAGACUUCAGUGUUAGCAGCACAGACAGUGACACUCAGACGUGUAAUAUAACCAGCUCUACUAACACAAUGCAUGGGACCAGUGCUGUCAGCAGUGCAGCUAGUUCAGACACCGUGUUUCAUGUAGAAAGCCAAGAAACCGGUGAUGAGAAUAAUGUCUCGGUCGCCUCCAAAAUCCAAACCGUCACAUUCGGUGAGACUGAAACAAAUACGGUUAUAGAAGCAGAAACAGAGGUCAACUCAGCGGACACAAUCACCGUCAAUCACUCUGUGGGAGGCUCAGAGGAGGGGGCGGGAUUAGAGACUUCACAGACCAAUCAGAAUGCUGACAGUGCUGGAGUGACACCAGCUCUGGAGUCCAUCAUCAAAUCAGAGGAUCCGGUGCUUCUUGAGACCUCGAAAGCGACAGUCUCUCAGGACAAGAAGAAAGUCAAGCGGAAUCAUCAUUUGGGACCAUCUGAUAUCUAUCUAGACGAUCUCUCCAGGCUUGACCCUGAAGCUGCUGCCCUCUAUUUUCCAAAGAGCGAGACAGAGUCGUCAGAUCUCCGCUCGACUCAUGGGCCGGAUCCGUCUCCUCCCUCGGGUCAGCUGUCUCCUCAGUCACUGGGCAGCACUAACGCAGACAGCGGCACUGAAUAUCUGUCCGACUCUACCACAGACACGCUGGACGUGACCAUGUCUCUGUGUGGGAGAGGAGACAUCAGUCAGAUCAGUAAAGAGAAGUUCAUGGAGCAUCUUGUGAAGUAUCAAGACUUUGUCAACAACCCUGGAAUCGUUGAAGACCCAAACCUUGUCAUCUGCAUCAACUCAAAGUAUUAUAACUGGGCUGUGGCGGCUCCAAUGAUUCUGUCAGUUCAGGCUUUCCAGAAGACUUUACCAAAGAGCACCAUUGAGCAACUAGUCAAAGAUAAGAUGCCAAAAAAGUCUGGCCGCUGGUGGUUCUCCUGGAGGAGGAAAGAUCUGAACAACAUUGCGGGAAGUCAAAAGCCUGACGCAGAGGGGAAUCAGCUUGAAGCAUCUGCCGCUAUCGCUGGACCAUCUUCACUGAAGAGUUCUGUUGAACUCUCGAGUGAUGAGGAUGGCUCUGUCUCCAUGAGGAAGAACAGUGAAGCGAUGGACACAGCGCAGUGCAUCAGUCAGAUGUACCGCAAAUCCCUCCGGCUGACCUCUGAGCAGAUCGAGAGUCUGAAUCUGCGUGAAGGAGCUAAUACGGUUGUGUUCAGUGUGACCACACAGUAUCAGGGCACCUGCCGCUGUGAAGCUGCCAUUUAUCUGUGGAGCUACGACGACAAAAUCAUCAUCUCAGACAUCGAUGGGACCAUCACUAAGUCAGAUGCUCUGGGGCACAUUUUACCUCAGCUGGGGAAAGACUGGACUCAUCAUGGCAUUGCCAAACUAUAUCACAAGAUACAUCAGAAUGGUUAUAAGUUCCUGUACUGUUCGGCUCGAGCUAUAGGCAUGGCAGACAUCACUAAGGGUUACUUGCAGUGGGUAAAUGAUCAAGGAACGGUUCUACCAAAAGGGCCAGUGCUUCUGGCUCCCAGCAGCCUGUUCUCAGCCUUACACCGGGAGGUGAUUGAGAAGAAGCCGGAGGUGUUUAAGAUCGCCUGUCUCACUGAUAUCAGAGAUCUGUUCAGUCCUGUCACACAGCCCUUCUACGCCGCCUUCGGCAACAGAACUAAUGAUGCAUAUGCGUAUAAGGAGGUGGGUGUACCUGAGACUCGCAUAUUCACUGUGAACCCCAAAGGAGAACUCAUACAAGAAAAGACCAAAGGAAACAAGUCCUCAUACUCUCAUCUCAGCGAGCUGGUGGAUCACUUCUUCCCCUUCAUCUGUAAAGAUCCAACCACGUCCUUCGACUGUCCCGAGUUCAGUCAUUUCUCCUUCUGGAGAGAGCCGCUGCCUCCGCUGGACCUCGCUGACCUGAUCUAGACACAAACCCUAUCUGGAGUUCAGCUAUACCUCUUUCUCAGCAUUUCUUCUCGUUGUCCUCUAAUGUUUAUAUGAGCCGAAUGUGUCUGUGCAUUUACAGCCAAACCUGCUGUAGCAUUAAACCAGGAGACACACACACACACACACAACCCUGUGAAUCUAUGCAAACACAAUGCUAAUAGCAUAACACUACACUGAGCAUCUCUUUCUUCAUCAGAAAUGCCCAGAGAAGCUCUUUUGACCCCACAGAUAAAAACAAACGCAUUAAACUGUGCGAACGCCGCGUGUGCCUUCAUAUAAGCCCAUGCACUGAUCUGGGUUUCUCAUGAAUGUAUGUUCAUUUCAACUUCUCUGCCAAAUAAUGGCCUUUGACCGUUUCUAGUUUUUUAAAAAUUAUUAUUAUUAUUAUUUGUGUUCCUUUUAAAUAAUUUUUACUAUUACUUUGAGUGGUUACUGUAAGAGUGUGAGUUUGUUUUAUCAGCUGAACUGUAUUUUUCUUUAUUUUGAGCAUUCAAAUUGAGCUAAAACAAAGACAAUCUGUAUGUAUUUGUCUUCCAUUUGUUGUAUUUAAAAGAACAUUGAAACAAUUAAAAAAACACUUUAAAGUUCACUUGACUGGACUUUCAUAUAGUUAGUGGUGUUUCCCAAAGUAAGCAUCACCUGCUCCUUCAUUAAAUCCUUGCAUCUUGCAUACUUUAAAUAAGGAUGCAUCCAAACGGUGAGCUCUGAUAAAAACAUCCUGGUUAGUUUUAUGCUAAUAUCUGUACAGUAGUUGUGCAGUUCUGACAUAAAGAAGGACAUAUCAACCAACAACGCUGUUCAAAUAAUAUUACUGAAAUAUUGAAUAUUAUAUACUCAGUGUUAUUUUU